CAGCAGCAAAGAGAGGUGGGGGCCUAAAGAAAGAGGGAGUCACACAUGGGAGGAAAGAGGAGAGGCAACACAGCGCUCCUGCAUUCAGACUCUGAGAAGCAAGGAGAGAGGACAGACCGGGAGCUUAGCUCACUGACAGACGCAUAACAAGAGAGGGGAGAAAGACGAAACCAGUGAGGGCUUGGUUACAAUCUCAAGUAACUUCAAAACGAGCUCAGGCACAAAAAAGAGAAACAAAGGAGGAGAAGAAGACAAGAAAAAGUCUGGAUUUCUAGACUUUUUAGGGAAAAAAAAAACUUGCCUUCAUUGCCUGGAUUAUUUUUUUUUUUAACAUUCUUAAGAGAAGCAUCACAGAUUUUUUUUUGUCUCCAAUUAUUUCUUUUCAAAUACUUUAAGUGUUUUACUCAUUCUCUUCUGCCUCUCUCCUGUACUUCAUGGACUUGAGGAUAUAAAUGGGACUUAUGCUUAUGAGAUAGAUUAUAGAUAACACUGCAACAUAUAUAUUAAUAAAAUUAUAAUUUGUGCUUUUCUGUUGAAGGAUUUGGAGCAAAAACCUCCUGUUGUGAGGUGAUCUUAGAUUUGGAUAUUGACACUUUCCAGAAAAAGAGGGACAGCAACCAAAUCAGCUGCGGCACCACCAGCAGCUGAUCCUUCAUCAUUCUUCAAGCACAGGAACUGUAGCUCUGCUGCUAAAAGCCCUGCUCUGAUCCGCUGCCGUCAGACUGUUCUCACCCCAGUUGUUCCACAGGUUUCAACACCUACUGUCCCAGAGAGAUUGCGGGUUCCCAGGCAGAGGAGGUCUAGUUGGUGGGUCAGGGGGGGGUUCUCCCACUCUCUUUCCCUCUCCCUGCACCCAGCUCAGCAUGCCCCAGCCCCUGAGCUCCUCCACAGCUCUCCCAGCUCCACUACCAUGUGUAGAUGGACAGUGACACAAGGUGCACCGGUCGCCUGGUUCUCCUCCUUCCCCUGCCGCAGACCUCCAUCACUCUUCUUGCCCCUGACUUUCCUCCUGCUGCUCCUCUUGGUCGGACCCUGCGCUUCAUCGACAGACUCUGAAAAGAACCAUGCACCAGAGGGGACUCCUACGCCACCUUGCUGGGCGCCACUUCGCCCAUCAUCUGCAAGGUUGCCACGGGCGACAAAUGUGUCGCUAUCGUCUGCGACGGUUGUCGGGCGACACGUGCGAAGCAGCUACAAGCAUCUUCAAGGAGACGUGCGCAGGAGGAAGCUGUUCUCCUAUCAGAAAUUCUUUCUUCGCAUUGGCAAGGACGGAAACGUCAAUGGCACCAAAAGAGAGGAUGAUCCAUACAGUAUUUUGGAGAUCAAAUCAGUGGAUGUGGGAGUGGUGGCCAUCAGGGGCCUCAGCAGCAAUCACUACCUGGCAAUCAAAAAGAACGGAGAUCUGUACGGAGCGAGGGAGUUCGGCCCUGAUUGUCGUCUAAUUGAACGCAUCGAGGAGAACAGGUACAACACCUACGCUUCUGCCGAGUGGAGGACAAAAAAAAACAAAUGCAUGUUUGUUGGACUGAACCCCAGAGGAAAACCGCUGAAGGCAAAGGGAAAGAAAAUGAGGAGGAAAAGCACAGCAACUCACUUCUUGCCCAUGGUGGUGCAGCCACGAUGAUGGGACACAUCAGCAAACUGCAGGAUUUCUAUUGGACUUACAGUGGUGGCUACAUGGGACAGAUCUGAACCUGGUCUGUAAAAUGCACUGAGAAAGAAACAAAAUGAAAUAUAUGGAGUGGACUGCUUGUUUGGAUAAGGACACUAUUUUAAAAAAAAAGAAUAUAUAUCAGUAUACAAUGUAUAUAUUAUUUUCAGUUCUAAGUUAUGAAGUACACUGGCACAAUGAACACAAAAGAAACAUCUGUGCCAAAAUGUGAUUCACAUUUGUAGAUUUGUGGAAUGCAUGGAAAAAAAAAGAUAAAGGUAUCUUUAUAAACCUGAAUGGAAGCAGUAAAAGGAGAGAAUAGCUUGUUCAUGAUGGCACCACCACAAAUCUUACUAUAUCAUGUUUCUUUCUUCAGAUUUAUUUAUUUUAUGUUAUAUUUAACAGAAACAAAGAAUAGAAGACAUACUCUUAUCUUUUUUUCUACCAGUUAUGCUUCUCUUUUUAAACUAAUAAUCAUUUAAGCUUGUAUAAUAAAAAGAAUAUAUUUGUC